UUACUCCGCCGCAUCCCAUCAGCACGCGCCGACGGCAAAGCCGAGAUAGGGAAGAGAAGGGACCUUCUCACGCCUCCGCCGGUCGCUCGGCCGGCGACCGGCGACCAACCUGCCGAUUCCCCGAUACCCUCGUGAGUCUAUCUCGUCGACUCUAUCGUCCGCCGCCAUCUCGAAGGUAUAUUAGGUGCUUCAGAUUUGAGGGUGGGGGUUGUUUCAGACUCCUGAUUUACACAAGAGAGUGAGUAGGUAAGAUAGCAAGAAAAUGAUGACUAAAAAUCCCAUAUAUUCUGGCAAAAUCUCAUAUCUUCUAUAUGUGACAUGGACACAAGGAGGUAAGGAACAAGCAUCAUGGGCAUAAUAUAACCGUGGAAUGAGCUAGGGAUCUACUUGCUGAAAUUCAGGAGCAGAUCUAUUCUGACUCUGCUGAUUGGUCCAUAUUUCAGUCCUACCAUACGCAUAUGUGAGUUCCGGCUUUACUGUAACUGCGAUUGCAUAAAUUCUAUCAUUCUAUCACUAGUCUUGACAACCUUCUGAUGUUUGUUCAGGUAUGUAUGAUUUUGAUAUCUUUUCUCUGUCUUUCUCUCUCUUCCUCUCUCUCUGUCUGUGUGUGGCAGUACAUGUACAAUUUCAUGAUAAAGUAAAUCUUGAUCAUAUGUUGCAUUAUGUUCAAUGAUUAUGAAACUUACAGUCUUGUACUGCUUCAUUUGGGCCUGAUUGAGUUUUUACAUGCAAAUGAUUGAUGUUAUCAAGACUAAUAAUCAGUUCCUCCUCAUGGUAAUGAAGCAUUGGUAGAAAUAAGGUUAAAACAUUAUGCUUAAUGAACUUGUAUUAAGUACUUUUCAUACUUCAUUUGACAUGUAAAUUUAGAAAGCAUUUGAAUUAUGUUUGAUUGGCUUGCAAAUAAUUCAAUAUGGAUUUAGUAUUAUAUCUAAUGGUUUUCUAAAUAACAGCAUGAUUUGUUAACUGCAUACAAGUCCUAAGUGCAUCAAGUCAUUUUUUGACUCACAAAUUUUAUCAAAUAUUCUAUGGUGGAAGAAUGGCAGAAGCCUUGGUAUUUAUCGUUCUUCAAAAGAUUGGUGCUGCUUUAGGGAGAGAAGCACUCAAUGUCGUAGGCACACAGUUACAAAAACAGCCACCAACUUUAGUUGAUGUUGAGAAUAACAUGAGGCAGCUUAAAAUCGAGUUUCAUGUCAUGAAAGCUUUUCUCACUCAGCAGCAAAUACAUUUCUCACAAGAUAGAGCCUACGAUGCUUGGCUUGAUGAAGUAAAGAAUGUUGCACAUGAAGCUGAGGAUGUGAUUGAUGAGUAUGUCUAUCUAGCUGGGCAGACAGCCAAAGAAACAAGCAAGCUAAAGAAACUGUUCCAUUGCUCCAAAACUACCAGUGAUUGGCACAUUAUUGCAACACAACUUUCACAAAUCAAAUCUCGCCUUCAAAACCUCACAAACAUGAAGGCUCGUUAUGGCAUUUCAGCAAAUGACAGUGAAGAUGGUAGCACUUCAAGUCAUGAGAGCCUAAAGGAGCUUACAUCUGAUUCAGCGUAUUUUGAUACUGAAGAUGAUAUGGUUGGCAAUAAAGAAGAAUCCGAAAAAGUUAUGAAAUUAUUGAUACAUGGCGAAGAAACCCGUACAGUCAUAUCCAUUUGUGGAAUGGGUGGGCUAGGAAAAACAACUCUUGCCCGGGCCAUCUAUAAAAAGAAUGAGAUUAGAAAGAACUUUGAUUGCUUUUCGUGGAUUACAAUCUCCCAAAACUACAAGGUUGAAGAUUUGUUUAGAAGAAUACUCAAACAAUUUCUGGAUAUGAAUGAGAACAUUCCUGAUCAGACUGACAUUAUGUAUAGGGUAAGCUUGGUAGAGAGGCUAAGAAAUUACCUGCAGGACAAAAAGUAUUUAAUUUUCUUGGAUGACAUGUGGAGUCAAGAUGCUUGGAUUCUAUUGGAUCGUGCUUUUGUGAAAAAUAAAAAAGGAAGUAGAAUUGUCAUUACAACUAGAAAUGAAGAUGUAGCAUCAAUUGCAAAUAACGGGUGUUCUUUUAAGCCUAAGUACCUACCAUGGGGGGAUGCAUGGGAUCUCUUCUGCCGAAAAGCGUUUCACAGGCUAGACCAGAAUGGUUGUCCUCAAGUUGUGAUGCACUGGGCAGAAAAAAUUGUCAGCAAGUGUGAAGGAUUGCCUCUUGCUAUUGUUGCCAUUGGAAGUCUUCUAUCCUAUAAGCAAAUAGAUGAGGCAGAGUGGAAGUUGUUCUAUGGUCAACUUAACUGGCAACUAACCAAGAACCAAAAGCUCAACUAUGUAACAAGUAUUCUCAAUCUCAGCUUCGAUUAUCUACCAGCAAAUCUAAAAAAUUGCUUCCUUUAUUGUAGCAUGUUCCCUGAAGACCAUGAGAUCAGAAGAAAACAGAUAAUUCGGCUAUGGAUAGCUGAAGGUUUUAUUGAAGAAAGGGGAGAUAUUACAUUGGAAGAAGUGGCUGAAGACUACCUCAAAGAACUUGUUCAACGUUCACUUCUUCAAGUUGCUUGGACAAAAGAGUAUGAGAGACCAAAGUCAUUUCGCAUGCAUGAUCUUGUGAGAGACAUAACAGUGACAAAAUGCAAAACUGAAAAGUUUUCUCUCCUAGCAGACAACACGUGUGUUACAAAACUGAGUGAUGAAGCACGUCGAGUUUCCUUAGUGAAGGGCGGGAAAUCAAUGGAAUCUGGCCAAGGUUCAAGAAAGAUCAGGUCCUUUAUUUUGUUCGAUGAGGAAGUGCAAUUCUCAUGGAUACAAAAGGCAACUUCGAAUUUCAGAUUGCUAAGGGUCUUGUCCUUACGUUAUGCAAAAAUUGUGAAGCUUCCUGAUGCUGUAACUUAUCUGUUCAAUUUGCAUUAUCUUGAUUUACGUCAUACAGAAGUUCAAGAGAUCCAGCAGUCAAUUGGGAAGCUGAGGAAGCUACAAACUUUGGAUCUUAGGGAGACAUUUGUAGAACAGCUGCCAGAAGAAAUAAAGUUUCUAACCAAGUUGCGGUUCCUAUCUGUCGAUGUUGACUGUGAUCCUAGCAACUUACACAGACACUUUCCUCGGUUCCAGGCCACUCGAAUUUGUUCUGAAUUUUAUCUUCUGACGGAUUUACAAGUGCUAGGAGACAUAAAAGCAGGCAAACAUGUUGUUACCAAUCUUAGUAGAUUAACACAGCUACGAUGUCUUGGCAUCUGCGACGUGAAGCAGGAUCAUAUGGAGAAACUAUGUGUCUCCAUAAAAAGUAUGCCAAAUCUUGUUAGGUUGGGUAUAGUCUCACAUGGUGAGGAUGAAAUACUUGAUCUACAACAUUUGGGCCAUGUUCCAGAUUUGGAAUGGCUGCACCUACGAGGGAAGUUACAUGGAGCAGGUGCUACAUCAAAUUUGCAGAAUUUCAGUAAAUUAAGAUACCUAAGCAUAGGGUGGUCCAGGUUGCAGGUUGAUCCUCUUCCUGCAAUCUCACAUUUGUCGAACCUAGCAGAACUUUACCUUCAGAAAGCCUAUGAUGGUUUGUUGAUGACCUUUCAGGCUGGCUGGUUUCCAAAUCUUAGGGAAUUGGGUUUAGCUGACAUGGACCAGUUACGUUCAAUUGAUAUUGAAGCUGGCACAAUGCCAAACUUGAGCAUUUUGGUAUUAUGUGGGCUGCAGAAUAUGAUAUCUGUGCCAGUAGGAUUUAAAUAUCUGACAUCACUACAAAUUUUACGCCUCUGGGAUAUGCCAAAAGAAUUCAUGGAGAGGACACAUGCAGAGGAUCAUGUCUAUGUUAAACACAUUCAUCAGAUUCGUUAUCAUGCUCUCCGUGUGAAACGAUGGAAAUUCACCAGUACUGGGCAGGUCUUCAACGUUCAGAAAAGAAGGAGAUGGCACUUUCUGAUUCGAAGACCGUGACUGAAAGAAGCUAAUGGAACUGCUCAUUCUUGCAAGGCAAGAAGUAAGCUGCUGACCAAAUUUUAUUAGGCAAAAAGGGGUAUCAUCAAAGGUGAUGCCUGUUACAUUAAAAAUGACCAGAUUCAGAGGUUGCUGGCUACAAGAACAAGUAGUAUUUCUCUUUGUAACCAUUUCACUCUCGUCAGAACCAUUCUUCUGAAGAGAAAUGGGGGUGAAAAGAACUCGCAGCCGGCUGCGUCUAUUACUGCUGCUCUCUUUUAUGCACAUAUUAUUUUUAGAUACUCUCUGUUAUGCACUUCUGUUUUGUGGUUGUGGUUAUGGUUUGUAAUCCUAUGAUUAGCAAGCCUCGAAGCUUGCAAACCCGUUCCGCUUGCUUCCCUAAUUGUUGAUUAUUUUGGUUAUACUGCACCCGUCGUUGGUCA